AUGUGCUUCUUCGACCAAACCCUUUACCGCUGCGGCGACUAUAAGUGGGGCACCUUCCGCCAGCACUGCGCCAAGGAGUACCGCACCGGUGAGACCUGCGGUAUGAAGCUCGUCAUGAACUGCAACGAGGACCGCUCCAAGAACUGCCGCAUCUGCGACAAGAUCGCGACCAAAUUGAGCCGCCGCCAGAAGGAGGUCGACCGCAUCAAGCGAUGGAAGAGCGAGCGGAACCGCAAGGCCUCCAUCGAGGCCUCCGAGGAUAUCAUCAGCGACCUGGAUCGCGAGAUCUAUAACCUCGAGGAGGAACGAUUGGAUAGGAGGAACCGCUUGUGA